CACUGCAGGGCAAGCGCCAGGCAGGGCUGGUUUCCAGUAAACAACAAACUCGGGUGGUGUCUGGUGUCUGGAGCGCUGGAGCGUGACCGCGUGGGGCAGAUAUAGCCCCUGACGCCGCAGCUCGGAAAUAGCAGCAGGGAGGCUUUAUAAACCCUGACCCGGGCGGCCAAGCGCCCAGGGCUCAGACACACACAGCCGGGCUCUCACACACACACACAGCCGGGCUCACGCCCCCCAGGCCAGGUGUCCCACAGGGCGAGGAUGUUCGGCAAGCGCAUGGUGCUGCACAGCGCGGGGGUGCUGUCGGCGGCCGAGCUGGGCUGCCUGGUGAAGGAGGAGGACGUGGUGCGGCACGAAUCCUUCACAGCCGAAUGGAGGGACCUGUCACUCUCCACCAGGCCCGAGGAGGGCUGCUCCCUGCGGGAGGUGGAUGAUCGGCGCAAGGAGACGUACUGGCAGCAGCAGGAGACGCGCUUCGUGGUGCAGCGAUCGCCCGGGCUCAUCAUGCAGCUGGGCCGGCUGGGCGAGCCCCUGGCCUGCUACCCCCUGCCCUACCAGCGGGCGCUGCCCCUGCCCCUCUUCGUGCCGGCCGACCUGAGCGCCAAGGCCGAGCGGGGAGCCACCCCGCCCCAGCUGCGCCACAUGAUGGACUUCGAGACGGCCCUGGCCGGGGGCGCCCCGCCCAACGGGCAGUGCCGGGACAAGAAGGCCGUGUCGGAGAUCACCAAGGAGCUGCCCCCCGUCGUCCAGCCCAGCCGGCCUGACUUUGGCAAGGGGGAAUUCCCCCGCUCCCUGUCCCGCUCCCUGUCCCAGGAGGCGCAGAGGGGCUGAGGGGCCGAUUUCCCCAGCCGGGGCUCUUCGGCGCCCGCUUGAGCCAACGCCCAGAGCUAGGGUUGCCCAGGCGCCACCACCUUGUGCUGUCUGUGUUAGCGCUGUGUCUGUGUGGCACCCAUGGCGGGUGCCAGGGUGGAGCUGUGCCCUGCCAUGGGCCCAGGGCACCACCCCAAGUGCCCCUUACCAAGCUUUCCUUAGUUGCCAAGGGUUUGUGCCUGGUAGGAGCAGACAGGCUGGAAACAGGCUCCAUUCCCGUCUGUUAAACUCUCCAGUGGGCUCCUGGUUCGAGCUGGGAAUGUGGGGGGCUCCUGGGUCUGGGACACAAGGCGUACGUCUACACAGCACACCUAGCCCCAGCACUGAUGUGGGCUCAAGGCCCAAGGCUCCGUUUUGCCCACCCAGACUCGCUUGUGGAGCCUGGCCUGCCAUUGCUGUGUGGACCCUCAAGUGCAGGCUUGGAAACGAGUCCACGAGCCGGGGGGUCCCAUGGUGAGCAGUGUAGACAUACGCAGGGGCAGGACCUCUGGGUUGUGUUCCAGUGAGUUAGCCGGGGGAGGCCAGGCGAGGUUGUGCCCAGGGGGAUGGGGGACGGCGCCCCUGGCUGCGGAAGGACAAUGCAGGAAGGGAUGGAGCAAAGGGGCCACUGCGGCUGAGAUGAAGGGGAAUCCCAGCCCCUUCACUGGGCAAAGCAACCCACGUCCUGCCACUGGCGUGGGAGCCCUGAAACACCAGCAUGAUGGGGAGAAGCACCCUGGGGGCUGCAGGUCCGCGAUGGGGGAACUGUGGGGAAAUCAGCCGGGGUGGGAGCUGGCAAUGGGG